AUGAUCCCACUGGACCUGGUUCGCCUCUACGUCCACAACCUGCCGGGCCGGUGCCUGAAGCUGCGCUUGCUCACAGGCCGCUACUACUACCUGGAGCUGAACGCCCCCGACAGGGAGAUGGCCUUUCUGUUCGACCGCUGGAUCCGCCUCAUCAACCUGCUCCAGGAGCCCACCACCUACUGGGCCCCCCGGACCCUGAAGACACCCCUCUCGGACCUGGCCCACGUGGCCCCUCCUGCCUCCACCUGGCACCUCCAGGACCAGCCCCGCAGGAGACGCUCAGCCGUGACUGCGGCUCUUCCCAAGAAGCCGACGUCGCCCAAGCAGAAGAAGGCCAAGGCCAGCAAGCGCCCGUUCAAGUCCCAGGCCGUGGGCGACUCGGUGCCCCUCAUCUGGUCGCAGCUGGAGCCCCCCAGCGCCAGGAAGAAAGCCUCGGAGAAAAACACUGACGUGUCCUUGCUGGUCUCCUACAAGCACCUGUAUAUGCGAGAGGCCCUGGGGGACCUGGCGGACCCCGACUCCAGCACCCUGUCCUCCAGCCCCGCCACCCGUGAGCACCCCCAGAAGGUCCCAGCGGAACUGGCUCCAUCUCGGGAGGCCCCGGCGGGACCUGCUGCCCCCAAGAAGACCCCAGCUCUAGCCUCUGCCCCCCGGAAAGCCCCAGCUGGCCGGGUCCCAUGGAAGACCCCCCGGUUUGCGGCCAUUCACCGGAAGGCCGCGUCUCGUCCUGUCCCCUGCCGGGAACCAGGGUCCCUGUCGUCCCCAUCGCCACAGGCGCUGACCCCGGGCACCUGCUACCGGAUGGCCUGCGACUCUGCCCACUUGGGCGCGGGGCCGGCGGGCAGCCGGGCGGGGAUGGUGCUGGAGAGCAGCCGGCCCGGAGGGAAGACAGAGCCCCUGGUGCUGGUGGGCACCCAGGGGACCCAGGUCAUGGAGGUGCGGGCCCAGAAGAUGUCGCUGGAGCUGCCCGGCCACAGGGCCCGGAGGGAGAUGGAGGAGGUGGUGGUGGGCAGGGCCUGCGAGGUCGCCCUGGACGGCCUGAAGGGCAGGGCCCAGGUGGAGGACAGGCUCCGCAGCUCCAAGGAGGAGAGGCUGGUGGACCUGCCCGGCUUCAGGUCCCAGGCGACGGGGCAGCGGAGGAAGUGGGUGAAGACGCAGCAGCUGGCGGUGGAGGGAGCCCCCGGGGCACCCAGGAGGCCCUUCUCCGUGGAGGACCUCACCCUCGCCAGGAUGGCGAUCGUGGCCAAGGCCAAGGAGCCGCCCUUGAGACCGAGGCUGUUCGGGCUGCCGUCCUGGCUCUGGUUCUCCCAGGUGUUGGCCAGAAGCCCCAAGAUGGACAGAGACUCCCAGACCCCCAUCCCUCUGCCCGCGACGAGGUGGGAGGACGUGCCAUCGCCCACCGUGCCAUCGCCCAUCUCCAAGAUGGAGGCCAGGGUGUCCCAAAAGCUCCACAGAGGAGCUGCGGAGGCGGAAGGGGGGUCGUCCUUGGAGAGCCUGGUGCCCACGCUCCUGGAUCUUGAGAAGAGGAGGAACACGGCCAGCGCGAUGGAGCAGACAAAGACGAGACGGGCUGUCUUCACGCCGUGGCCCAGCCCGAGUUCUGAUGAUGAGGGCCGGCGGCGGGCUGGGAUGAAGGGAGGACUGUCGGAUCUCUGGGGUAGGAGCAAACCCGCCCGCCCCCGCCCCCAGGCAGCAGCCGCCAGCUCUCCCGGUGCAACACUCGCCCACCAGCUCCCGCCUCCCAACCGCCACACCUUCCUGUCACCUGAACCCGCCAUCCCCGUCCUCAGCAGCUUCUCCUCUUACCUGGACCGCCUCCCAGACUCCGCCAGGCUUUCUCCCCAGGCCCCCCACCUCAGGUCCACCCGGCGCUAA